CAGUGCUAUUUGUUGUAAAACAAAACAUGACCUUUAUCUAUUAAAUUAAAGCCUGUAUAGUUGACUUAAGUAGAUAUUUUUCAUGAUAUAUUCAAUCAAUAAUUAAACUCUUAAAAACGUUUGGUCAAUUAUUUCAAACAUAAUUUAGAACAUUAAUGUUAUAACCCCGUUCUAAAAAGGAAAAGGACCAGUUUUCUGAAAGCAGCGGUGGAAAUACCUAGAUUCACAUGUACAGGACUUAUAAAGAGGAAAUUGAACGAAAAAUGGCCGGUGAGAAAAAGGCGGAAUAUAACUUCUUGGGCAAGACUGGAAUGAAGGUGUCCAACAUUUGUCUUGGUACCAUGACAUUUGGAUACAACGAUGAAGGACCUAUGGGAGUCUUUUUUGGUAACCCAAGGCAAUCUAGUGAGGCCGACGCACACAAGAUCUUGGAUCGUUAUGUAGAACUUGGUGGAAACUUCUUAGAUACUGCCAACAUGUACUGCAGCGGGAAGUCAGAGGAGAUAAUUGGUACAUGGCUGGAAAAGAAAAAGAACCGAGACGAUAUUAUCAUUGCGACCAAAGUUCGUUUCCCUGUAGACUUCUCUUCCCUGAACGAUGUUGGACUUAGCAGACGGAACAUCAUCAAAAGUUGUGAGGAUAGCCUUAAAAGACUGCAAACAGAUUACAUAGAUUUAUACCAGGCUCAUAUGUGGGAUAAUGCUACACCAAUAGAAGAAACGCUUCGUGCUUUUGAUGAUCUCGUAAAGAGCGGGAAAAUCCGUUACUAUGGUUUCUGUAAUCUCUGUGGUUGGCAAAUGCAGAAAAUUGUCGAAACAACGAAACAGCUUAACCUGAACCCAUGCGUCAGUUUACAGCAACAGUACAAUUUACUGCGACGGGAUUCCGAGCUUGAAGCUUUUAUGGUCUGCGAGAAUGAGGGGAUGUGUGUGUUGCCAUGGAGUCCAUUAAAAGGGGGUAUGCUUACUGGAAAAUUCAAGAGAGACCAGAAACCUGACGCAACCGGAAGUCGAGCCGGGUACAUGCAUGCUAAAAGGGAGGAAGGGAAAAAUACCUCAGCGAGCAAUUGGGAAGAGUUCGGAAGUAAUGAAAACUACUGGAAACUGAUAGCAGCCAUGGAAAAAGUCGCUAAAGCUAAUGGUAAAACUGUCCCCCAGGUAGCUCUGCGAUGGCUUCUACAGAAAGAAGUUGUGUCUUCUGUGAUAAUUGGAUGUACAUCAAUUCAGCAACUAGAAGACAAUAUGGGCGCAUCUGGAGGCUGGGAAAUCUCAUCUGAAGGGAUGAAAGAGUUGGAUGAGGCCGCUCCAUUAUCAAAGCCCUACCCAUACGACAUGCUCUGGGAAUUUGGUGGUUUUGGAAGAAUGAACAGGUUUAAUCGGUCCAACAAAGUGUGAGGAAACAUGUACAACAAUAAUUGUAGAAUACAGAUUGCGUUUAGUUUAGAAAACAUUUAUUUAGUUAUAUACAUGUUUCAUUACAAAAAUAUUUACAACAAUAUGAUAUUGUCAACAGGAUUAAGAAGUAAAUCAAAAUAUUUUUGUAAAUCUCUUUCUCUGGAUUACGUCUGAAUGCACUAUAAGCAGGUACUGAUUAGCGGUGUGACAGAGAGAAAACUUGUGAACGCCAGAGAUAAGCAUGUGUUAUGUAUGGUCUGUGUACAAAAUACACCGAAGAAGUGUAUUGAUUUUGGCAUGAUGGAUAGAGCGUUAUUUUUUAUUCAUUAAAAUUCAUUUGAAAUCAGUGCAAACAGAGUAUAAUGCCGUGUAGGCCUACACAGCACAAUCCUGAAGAACAAACCAAGAUUUUAACCAUAAUACAUCACAUUCAUUUCCGGUUAUAAUGACUGGAAUGUUUUAAGAACUGACUAACAGAAAAAUGAUAUUAAAAAUGAAUGAUAUUCAAGAAAUUAUAUAUUCCAAACAGUGAUUUGUCGUUGACGAAAAUCUUUUUUUUUUGAAGUUCAGAUGCUAAUUAUUGCAAACGUUUUUGCCAUCAUUUUAUCAAACUGAAUUAUGUUCAGAUUAUUUAGUGCGAAGAAUAUCAAAUGCACGGAAGGCAACACGGAGGCUGAUUUUUUACACACACAAAAAAAUCAACAUUUCUAAAUCAAAUAUUUUAACAAGUUUUUUUUCAGCGACGCCGUCUAAAUUCGUUUUCGUUACCUAUGCCACUUGACUUCAGUUUGCAAAUCAAACUACUUGAUAAUGCAUUGUAGAUAAUUUAUCAAAAUGGAAGAUUUAUGCAACACUCUGCCUGAUUGGACGAGAGUGUCAAUUUCUUUCACUCUGUUGAUUGUGCUACGCUGAGUGAAAUGUAGACAAAGCGUUUAUCCUAUACGACGCUGUUCACAGUUUUAAAGCUGACUUUGGCUCUGUAUAUUUAGCAAGAAUAUUGAUAUAUCUCAAAAUGAUAAGUAAGUUUAAUAAAUAUCAUAAAAACCUGUUCAAAUACCAACAUAUAUCAAAUUAAAGAAAGAGCUGAAUACGGUCUGCGUAUCACAUGAAUAAGGGUGUGAUAAGAGUCUUUUAUGUAGAGAAGUGCUUUUUAAAAGAUUUUCCUUGUUACAAUUGUCGUCUGUAUAUGGAAAGGUUUCUUGCUUUUGUGACUUAUUCAGAUUGCAUAUUAAAAUGAGUACUUGUUUGCUUUGAUAUAUUUGUUAUAAAUUAUUUAACUGAUUUAUUAUAUAUGAAUAUUUUUCUUUAGUAUGGUAUGCAAAUAUUGAACUCAGUUGAAAUUUGUUUUAUAUAUAUGCUAUAUAAUGACUGAAUCUCAUGACUCUGAAAUAAAGGUACGCUGCAUACAGUUUAUCUAUGUGAUAUGACUACGGUCAAACUUUGCUUAUGAAACAGAAAUAUUGAAAAAAUUACAAAUGUAUGUUUUGCUUGACCUUCACCUUUUAUAGGUGUCACCUCACUGUCCAAAGAUUCAUGAAUAGCAAAUAUGCAUUUGUUAAAGCGGGAUCAGUUGGCCUAUUUUAGAAAUAAAUAAAAAUAAUAAAUAAAAACUCCUUUAAUUGAUUUUUUCUCAUGUAUUCUAGUCAAACUUGAUUUGUAGCAUCUUUAUUAGGCCCGCAGCCAACUUUGUUCAGCUGGGACAUUUAACCCCUUUUAGGGGCUGCUAGAGCUAAAACUAGAAAUGCCUUUAUACAGUGUCUCAUGAACAGCUUGGUGGAUCUUUGUCAUACUUGGACUGGAGCAUCAUUAUAAGGUCCUCUUCCAAAUUUAUUCAUAUAGAAACUUGGGCCCUUUUAGUGACUACUAUAGCUAAAGGUAGAUAUGCCUUUCUUCGCAUUAACCACUAAAAUGUAAUGGAUUUUUAUCAAACUCGAUGUGUAACAGUAUCGUAAGGUCUCCUGCUAUUUUGUUACAAAUGGGGAUAGGGACCAAUUUAGCUAAAAAUAUAAACACGUUUCAUGACCUCUUCUCAUGAACCGCUUCAUGAAUCUUCAUCAAACUACUGCUGUAAUUAUUCGUCUAAGGAUAAACGAAACAAAAUUGCAAUCCUACGAAACCUUUGCGAAAAAUUAAAAGAGAGCCAUUUAAAAUGUUAAAGUGCGGUGUUUAGUUUUGCAAUUUGAAAAAUGUUAGAUGAAAGAUGAAUGUUAGAUGAAAAAUUCAUAAACUUCUUUCCUUAUUACAAUUCGCCGACCAUCAUUUUUAAAGAUAUUUCUUUUUCUUUUGCUUAUUUCUGGUAAUUGUAAAUAUGAUUUCUUACAUAUAUAUGUUAACAGUAUUAAUUUAAACUGUCAGUCUAACAUGCAUAUAUCUUGCAUAAAAUAAACGAUAACAACCA